ACCGGUUUACAGAAGGAAAUAACAAAGCUAAUAAAACUGAUCUUUAUCACCUCAUAAAUAAUCUAGGAAUCUACCAUUGAAAUAAUUGAAGAGAUAAUCCAGCUUAUUUCCAAUAAUAGUUUGACAUAUCAAAAUCUAACAAUUGAAAAAGUGUUAGUGCUCAAAUUUUUUUACAUGACAUAUCAUGUAAUACAUCACUUUUAUAUGUUGUUCAAAAAAAAAAAAGUAGAGAUGAGAUUCAGUUUGAAGAAAAAUAAACAACAAAUUUUUUUGUGUAUGCUUAUAAGAACUUAUAUAUACUAAUUAUUAAUUUAUAAUUUUAGUGAGAUCAUAUAUUUACCUAAAUUCUUAAAUAUAUUAUUACCUUAUCAAAUUCAGUCAUAUUUUAUAUCAGCUCAACUUGGAACAUGAAAAAUUUAUUAAUUUAUCGUAUUUAUUCGUCAAGUAUUAAUUUAUAGAGUCUUUAUAUAUCUUCCGCAAACCUCCACAACCGGUUCUAUUCUUGUAUCUAGAUCCAUGUAUUUAAAUUUCUUGCAUCAUAAUAUUUUUGCUUCGUGUUACCGUUUGUGCUUGAUUUCUCGGAUGCAUACACAUCAACUGAUGGACAUAACCUAUGAUAAUCGAAGCUUUUUCAUAGUAUGUCAUUACCUCGCAUAACUUGGAAACAUCUAGAAUAUCAAUCUUUGGUUAUGACGUGGGUAAGAUGUUUGUGCUAGAGUAAAAUGGUUGUGGGCUUGUCGUUUGUCAAGUUCAAGUACAUUAAAGACACAAAGUUGAUAUCAUGGACCAUGGGAAGAAGACAUUACUCGAGUUCCAUGGACAAGCUAGUGAUGUUGUUCACAUUUGGAGAUUUGGGGUCAAUGUCGUGUGCAUGAUUAUCACCACAAUCAUCGAAUGAAAGCAUUCUAUCACAUUAAUAAAACCAACCAAUCAUGUGGACAGAAUGAAACUUUCAUUAAGAUUGGUGUACUCUUCUACUUUCAACGAGUUUCUUUGGAAUAGUUAAUGCUUUGGUGGUCCAUUUAUUCUAAACUAAUUAUUCCCUCUUACUUUGCAGCCAUACAUUUCUUAUUUCUCCUAUCAAUUUUAAAUUAAUAUGAUUCUAUGAAAAGUAAAAUCCACGUGCCUAUUAAUUUCAUUUAAUUCUAUGAUCAGUUUUAGUUGUUUGGUUAGUUGAAUAAGAAAGAAAUACUACCAUUUAUCAACAAAAUCCACCAAGACUUAUUACCACUUUUGCUACAUUUUUACUAUAACAUUUUUCAUUGCAUUUUAUUUGUUAUCUUUAGAAAAACAUCGUACUAUUGAAAAACUAAAAGACUAAAACAGCUGUGCAAGCCCACAGAAUAAUUUUAUAUAUUUUAAUGUUAUAAUUACACUUUUUCUCUAUUUAAUUAUCAAUUUUAAUGUAGAAAAAAAUGCAGAAACCCAAAUAAUAUUGAGUGCUUGAUAACCAAACAACUAACACAAUUGGGCCCACGAUAAGAAAAGCCAAGCGGGCCGCUCCUCUGGAAAGGCUUUAUCAAAGCAAAUUCCACAAGUACCCUUUAAGGAUAACCCUAAUUCCGGAGAAAGCCAUUUGUUUUGUCGUCACCCUGUCUUAAUCGAAUCUCUGUUACAAGAGUGUGUUAUACGUACUAGUUAACGAUACGUAAACUAACGCCGUCAGGAAAAAACCUCGAUUACCCUUUCGGAAUUUUCAUCGUUUCUUUUAUUCAGUUUCCCUCCAUCUUCUGAGAAGAUUCUUCUCGAUACUCGUUCCGGAAGGAUCACUCUGCUUAUGGUAUAACUUCAUAACUUCAUAACUUCAUGGAUUGUCUCCUUUCGAUAGUUUUUGUUUAUUUUUUUGUUUUCAAUCUUCUUCAGUUUCUCCGCCGUUUGGUCUCUCAAAGUUCGAUAAAUUCUUGAAAAGAUGUUCGGUUUUGCUUGCCUUGUUUAAUACUGGGAGAUGAAGAAGCUUUUCUUUUUCAAAUCGUCAUCUGGUAAUUGCAACGAUAAACAAACUCGCCGGGGAAAAGAAUCAGAAGCUACUCCAAAGGGUGUUGCCAUAAAGUCUCAGAGUGGUCAGGCUCUUAGAAGAAGUCAUUCGUUUUCUUCCGCAGCUUUUCUCCUUGAUGGAACUUCCUCAAAUGAUCCAACCGCUACAAGACAAAGAAACCACCAAUCAUCUCGUUUCAGAUGUUUUACACCAGAGAGCCAAUGCAAAAAACCAGACCAAACUCACAAGUACAAAGUACAUGACUCAUCUGGAACUUUAUCAACAUGUUCUAGUAACGUCUCAAGCCAAGUCUUGGACCGUUUCAUAGAUGGAGAAGAGCAUCAUCACAUUAAGCAAAAGAGCGGUUCUUCACUAAGCAACCACUCAUGUAGCACCAUCAGAGCAAAGAAGCAUCCUCCUCGAGCUCAAAUCCAUUCACCAACAAUAUCAGACAUUGUCAAAGAGAGACGACACUCUGAUAACAACCGUAUAAACGACGCGUCAGCACGGUCCCUUGCAAGAAGCGUCAUGGAAAGACUCUCCCACACUCACGGCAAGUCAAAGGCCCUGAGCUACGGGUCACAAGACUUGGACGUUUUCGCCAAUCUCCUCCCACUUGCUGAACACAUAAAGAACGGUUAUUACAAGGAUGACCACGUGGAGGAGGAGGAGGUGUUCUCGCACGGUAAGAACUCCGAGCUAGAGAAGAAGUACAAAGAAGCUGAGAAGAGAGUGAAGAUGCUUUCUCAAGAACUAAACGAGGAGAAGUGUGACUUUGAGGAGAGAGUAGGGUUAGCUUUCGAAGUCUUGAGUCUCUUGAGAUCACAGAUAGACGAGAGAGCUUUAGCUAAAGAAGAGAUCAAACGUGUUAAGACUGAUGCAGAGUUGCAUAUAAAGAGACUAGAGAAGGAGAAGAGCGAGUUAGAGUUUGGUUUGGAGAAAGAGAUUGAUAGAAGAUCGAUAGAGUGGAGUUCAAAGCUAGAGAGCUUUCAGAUAGAGGAGAAGAGGCUGAGAGAGCGCGUGAGAGAGCUCGCCGAGCAUAACGUCUCCCUCCAGAGAGAAGUAUCGACGUUUCACGAGAAGGAAACCGAGCGGAUGGAUAUGAUUAGAGAGAUGGACGAGAAGGUUAACGAGCUGAGUGAAAGAGAAGAGGAGACGAGACAAGAGAAUGUGUAUUUAAUGCAAAACCUCUCUAAGUUACAAGAGAGUUACGGUGAAGCGAGGGAAGAUCUUGAUUGUGUGAGAAGAAUGUUUGAAGAGAAAGACAAGGAGUGCAAAGAGUUGAACAAGUCUGUAACGAGGCUUGUGAGAACGUGCAGAGAACAGGAGAAGACUAUUCAAGGACUUAGAGAUGGUUUCUCCGAGAAGCAACCGUUGGAGAAGUUUCAGACAGAACAGAUAAGAUUGUCAGGGGUUGAGUUCUCGCUUAGGAAAGAGUUGGAGUCGAUGAAGCUUGAAGCCGAGACUCUUCGUAUAGAGAAUACUUGUUUGCGGAGUCGAGUAAAAGGCCAAGAAGGUGACGCUAUGGCGACCUUGAAGCUGGAUAACGAGAUGAAGAUGCGUGUGUGUCUCUUGCAAGACCAAGGAGUCUCGAUGUUGAGUGAGAGCAUGCAGGUGUGUUACAAGCUAUUGAAGUUCAUCAAAGAGAAGGUAUCUCAGGACAUGCGUGAUGGAAUGAGUGAGCAGUUUUUGAUUGAAUCUGAGAUGAAUGUUCAUGGAAUAAGGCGGGGGACUGAAGAUUUGAAGAGAAGUUUGCAGACAGUCACCAGCUUACUGCUUGAGAAAGGCAAUGAGAUUGCAUCAAACUCAGAAUCACCUGAUAGGCCUAGUGAGCCAAACAACCAAUCUGUGGAGAAACUUUUGAGAGCUGAACUCAAAGCAGAGAGUCUAAUCACGUGUUUGUUAAGAGAGAAACUGUAUUCCAAGGAACAAGAGAUCGAGCAGCUUCAUGCAGAAGUCGCCGUAGGAGUAAGGGGUAACGAAGUUCUAAGAGGUGAAAUCCAAAACGUCUUAGAUAACCUUUCAGUAAACACCCACCAAUUAAAAGACCUCAAGCUUCAGAUUGUGAAGAAGGAUGAGACCGUGAACAGGCUUGAAACCAAUCUACAAGAAGCUGCAAAACAGUUUGCUAGUAUGAAAGUUAACUUACCGAGAGUGAUGGAGGAAAGAGAGCAGAUGUGUAAGGAAGUGAACGAGUGCAGAAAAAGAAACAUGGAGUUGGAGUCAGACAAGGAGAUGCUGAAGAAGGAGGUGGAGAGAUUGGAAGAGGAGACACUUUACAAGGAAGGUCAGAUCACGAUACUUAAAGACACGCUUGGAAGCAAGCAUUUUGAUCUUCUGUCUGGUACUGACUUCUCAUAUAACGAUUUCUUAGUCCAACAAGACUAGAAUAAAAAUGUACAGGCGUAUGCUUCUCCUCAUGCUCUUGUUUCUGUCUUUAGGGGAUUGUAGGUUUGAUAGAUGUUGUUCUGUCUUUUAGUCUUUUUUAGAUUUGUAUUUUUUCACAAAGUUUCUGAUUUGUACUUGGAUGGCUAAAUAAAAUUCACCAUUUAUGAACGAACAGAGUGGUUUGGUAAGGUUUUUAAAG